GCACUCGUCCCACAUCAGCUGGACGGCGGAGGUUCAGUACAGUCAGGGAAGGGCAGUUGAAAUACAACCGUGCGCAAAGACAAUCAGCCCGGCGAACCUCUCCGCGCCUUCCUCUUUAGUGCGCAACAGAAAACACUGCACAUUGACACACUUGUUCUCCGUAGCGGGUGAAAAUGACCCGUAUCUCAGUAAAGAGGCUUCUGCUCCUGCUGUGCAUCGGGGGAUCUGUCCACUGUAUGCCACAAUCUGCAGGGAAAAGUAAAAGACAAUCGCAGCAACAAAUCCGUCUGGACCCGGUCUACGAGGAAGCCAGGAGUUUAGCAAUCCAUGAAACUGGCUGCAACGACAACGGUCGAUUUUAUAGAAUGAAAGAUCAGUGGGAGCGUCAGUACAUGGAGAGCACUCUCAUCUGCACUUGUGAGGGGGCUUCAGGGGUCAAGUGUAAAUCCAAACCUGCAGCCGAGGAGACGUGUUAUGACAAAAUCAAUGCGCGCUCCUACCGAGUCGGAGAGACUUACGAGCGACCGAAGGAUGGCAUGAUAUGGGACUGUACCUGCAUUGGGUCCGGCAAAGGCAAAAUUAGCUGCACCAUCGCAAAUCGCUGCCAUGAAGGAGGAAAUUCCUACAGAAUCGGAGACACCUGGACACGACCACACGACACUGGAGACUACAUGCUUGAAUGCGUGUGCCUUGGCAAUGGAAAGGGAGAGUGGACUUGUAAACCAGUUGCGGAGCGUUGCUAUGAUGACUCGCUAGGAGCUUCAUAUGUGGUUGGUCAGACAUGGCAGAAACCCUACCAAUCCUGGAUGAUAGUAGACUGCACCUGUCUGGGAGAGGGCAACGGACGCAUCACCUGCACCUCCAGAAACCGCUGUAAUGACCAGGAUACUAGAACCUCAUACCGUAUUGGUGAGACCUGGACUAAAACUGACUCCAAUGGAAACGCUCUGCAGUGUCUUUGCACAGGCAACGGUCGUGGAGAAUGGAAGUGUGACAGACAUGCUGCUUCCCAUGCAACACCCGCCAUUGGUUCUGGCUCUUCCUCAACUCAAAGGGUUUCACCAGUGAUAAACCAAGUCAAUGUCCUGGCUGAACUUCUGGAGGAGGGUGACUGUAAAACUGAUUCUGGUGUGUACUAUUCAAAUGGCAUGAGCUGGAUCAGAAGUCAGGGCAGCAAGGAGAUGCUUUGCACUUGUGUUGGAGGAGGAAUCAGCUGCGAAGAGCAAGAUGGACAGUCCUUUGUUUACGGUGGCAACUCCGGUGGGCAGCCAUGUGUGUUCCCAUUUGUUUUUAGUGGGAACACCUAUUACUCUUGCAUCUCUGAGGGUCGAACAGAUGGGCAGUUAUGGUGCAGUACUACAUCUGACUAUGAUAGUGACGGCUUGUACUCAUUCUGUACCCGAAAGAACCAGCUUGUGACGACUCGUGGAGGAAACUCUAAUGGUGCUCUGUGCCAGUUUCCCUUCAAGUAUAAUGGACGCAACUACACAGACUGCACAUCUGACGGCCGUCGUGACAGCAUGAAGUGGUGUGGUACCACUACUGACUAUGAUUCAGAUCGGAAAUACGGAUUUUGUCCCAUGGCUGCUCAUGAGGAAGUCUGCACCGUUAAUGAUGUCAUGUACCGUGUGGGUGAUGAGUGGGACAAACGCCAUGACACGCUUGGUCACAUGAUGCGCUGCACUUGCCAGGGCAACGGACGUGGAGAGUGGAACUGCAUUUCCCACACUCAGCUCAGAGACCAGUGCGUUGUGAAUGGACAGACAUAUGAUGUUAACGAGACCUUUGAUAAGCGUCAUGACCAGGGCUACAUGAUGAACUGCACAUGUUUUGGCCAAGGUCGUGGUCGCUGGAAAUGUGAUGCCAUCGACCAGUGCCAGGAACCCGAGACAAAGGGGUUCUACCAGAUUGGCGAGACAUGGAACAAGGUCAUCCAAGGUGUCCCGUAUAGAUGUUCCUGCUAUGGUAACGGCAUCGGUGAACUGUCCUGUGAGCCUCUGCAGUCUACCGCUCCUGUUCGGGUCAUCAUCACAGAAGCUGGAAAUCAGCCAAAUUCCCAUCCCAUCCAAUGGAACGCUCCCCCGUCUGCCCACAUUACGCAAUAUAUCCUCAAGUGGAGAGUCAAAAACACACGGACACCCUGGAAGGAGGUAACCAUUCCUGGGCACAUCAACUCACACACUAUUUCAGGGCUUAAACCAGGUUUGACCUAUGAAGGUCAGCUGAUCAGCAUUCUACGCUACGGACCGAGAGAGGUCACUCGCUUUGACUUCACCACUACGUAUGGCUCUCUGGAAAAAACAGAGGGUGAGACCACCCAGCCUCCGCCAAUAGUGGACACCUCAGAGUCCGUUACUGAAAUCACCUCCAGCAGCUUCGUCAUCUCCUGGGUAUCUGCAUCCGAGACAGUGUCUGGAUUUAGAGUGCAAUAUGAACUCUCUGAAGAUGGAGCCCCACAAAAUGUGAUUGACCUCCCAAGAACAUCUACAUCAGUGAACAUUCAAGAUCUUCUGCCUGGCCGUAGGUAUAACGUCCAAGUUUUUGAAGUCAAUCCAGAAGGAGAUACAAAUCUCAUCCUGACAACUACUCAGACUACUGCACCUGACACUCCAACUAAUUAUGAGGUCUCAAAUGUACAGGAGACAGCCAUCACAAUCAGAUGGUCCAAACCCCAAGCACCUAUAACUGGCUAUCGUGUGGUGUACACACCCUCGGUCGAGGGCAGCAGUACUGAGCUCAUCCUCCCUGAGACUCAAACAUUUGUGACACUGGGUGACCUUCGACCUGGACUGUCAUACAAUGUCAGUAUUUACUCAGUGGAAGACAACAUGGAGAGCAAACCUUUGGUCCUACAGGUCAGCACCGCUGGAGAGCAACAGCCUGGUAAGAGUUCAGAUGAUCCAUUCUGCCAGUUAUCUGUCUCUUCUCGAUGAGAGCUCACUCUAGCAAAUGCCUGAACUGGGAGCUUUAGUGCUUUCUCAGAGCCAUAACAACCUUAUAAGGAAGUUUUGAGACUAAAAACUUAUAAUAUACAAACAUUUAUAUUAUACAUAGCAUCUUGGUCAACUUUUCACCACAUUUCCUUCUCAGAGCCUGAUGCCCCUACUGACCUGCGGUUCACUGACAUCACUGAUGACAGCACUCUGGUCAUCUGGUCUGUCCCCAGAGCUCAGGUCACAGGUUAUCGUCUCUUCAUCAGCAUGGGCAGCUCUAGCCCCAAACAGCUGAGAUUCCCUGCCACCGAGUCUCAAUACAAGCUCACCGACCUUCAGCCUGACACAGAGUACAUAGUCACCCUGCACUCAGAGAAAGGGAACACGCUCAGUGAGGGAGUCACUAACGUCUUCAGAACAUCUCAGCCAACAGGUAAUGCUCCUCGAUUCAGCACAGAUGUCACCGAUACAGCCAUCAUUGUUACCUGGACCCCAGUACCACGAUUCAGCUAUAGGAUGUCUGUGAGGCCCAGCCAAGGUGGUGAGGCUCCCAGAGAUGUGACCUCUGGAGAAGGCACUAUUAACUUUUCUGGUCUGACUCCAGGAAUGGAAUAUAUCUAUAGCUUGCAACCCUUGUUCAAUGGCCGAAAGCAUGGCAACCCUUUCACAAACAAAGCUGUGACAUCCCUAUCCCCACCAACUGACCUAAAUGUGGUGUCUAACCCUGUCACUGGUGAACUCAAUGUCAGAUGGAGCAGCACCAAAAGUCCGGAUAUCACUGGCUAUAGAGUGACAUGCACACCAACCAAUGGGCAGCGUGGAAAUACGUUAGAGGAGAAUGUGAGAGGGCAUGAAACCUCAUGUACCCUGGAGAACCUCAGUCCUGGCGUUGAAUACAAUGUCAGUGUCUACACUGUUAAAAACCAUCUGGAGAGUGAGCCUAUCUCAACCACCGUUACACAAGAUGUGCCCAAGGUCUCAGAUCUCAUCUUAUUUCAUUUCACGGAUACCACAAUCGGAAUUAGAUGGACUCCGCUAAAUUACCCAGCAGUUACUGGAUACCAUAUUAUGGUUGUUACGGCCGGCCAGAGUUUUCCCAUUUUUGAGGACGUGGUGAACUCCUCCGUCAGCUAUUAUACCAUUCGUGGACUGGAGCCAGGCAUCAAUUAUGACAUCAGUGUGUCCACCAUUACAGAUGAGGCGGAGAGUGUGCCCUCGGUGAUCACACAGCAAACCCAAACUGCUAUUCCAGCCCCCACAAACCUGAACUUUGCUGAUGUGGGCUCAGACUCCAUGCGUGUGUCAUGGACUUCCCCUUCUGUUCAGCCAUCUGAAAUUAGCCGCUUUGUCAUCCGCUACCAUCCCACAAAAAAUGAUGACGACACUCAGGAAGUCAAUGUAGGAGGUGGCAUCAAUAACUUCCUGCUUCAGAACUUGCUGCCAAAUACAGAGUAUUUGGUAAAAGUAGUGUGCGUCUAUGAUGACAGAGAGAGUGAACCUGUAACUGGUAUUCAGAAAACAAAAUUGGACUCCCCGACAAAUCUGGACUUCUCUGAUGUCUCCACCAACUCAUUUACUGUGCACUGGAUGGCUCCACGUGCCGUCAUUACAGGUUACCGUCUACGCUAUCAGCCAACCAGUGGUGGGCGUGCUAAAGACGAGAGACUUCCCCCGACGAGAAAUUACUUCACACUGGUGAACCUGGCUCCUGAGACAGAAUACACUGUCUAUAUUUAUGCUGUCAGUGGCAAUAAAGAGAGUCUGCCACUUACUGGAACUCAAGCAACUGUCUCUGAUGCUCCCACUGACCUGGCCGUGACGUCCUCCACUCCCACUAGCAUCACCAUCUCCUGGGAUGCCCCUGCAGUCACUGUACGCUACUACAAGAUCACACAUGGUGAAAUAGGUGAAAGAGAUGCACCCAGAGAGUUCACUGUUCCAGGAACACAAUCAACUGCCACCAUCCAGGGCCUGCGUCCAGACACCGAUUACACCAUCACGCUGUAUGCUGUGACAGGCAGAGGGGACAGCCCAGCCUCCAGCACACCAGUCAUCAUCACACACAGGACUGCAGGUGGAAGUGUUCCAUCCCCAUCAGAUAUAGAUGUUACUGAUAUUCAAGACAAUGCCUUAACUGUCCGCUGGAGCCCAGCUAGAGGUCCCAUCACAGGCUACAGAGUAACAGGGACGCCCAAGGGUGGGCAAGGUCCUACAUUCUCUGAGCUGGUUGGCCCUGAACGUACAGAAAUGACCAUCCGUGGCUUGGUGCCCACAGUGGAAUAUACAAUUAAUGUGAUUGCUCUCACCCAAGAAGGAGAGAGCACCCCAGUGGUCCAGAAAGCUACGACAGCAAAUUUACAGCAUCCAAGAGAUCUGACCUUCUCUGAUGUGGACUCCACCUCCAUGCUUGUGACAUGGGAUGUUUCACGGUUUCCAGGAGUGACCUCCUACAGGGUUCUGUACUCUAGUCCAGAGGAGGGAGAAAGGGAGUACCAACCAGCUGUAAGUGGUCGUGAUAACAGCGUGGUCCUCCAAAGUCUGCGCCCAGGAACCAUGUACAACAUUAAAGUCAUUCCCAUGAAAGGACGUAAUCCAGUCCGUACUCUUGAGGGCAUUCAGCAAACUACCCAUGAGGAGACUCAGCCCACUGCUGUCCCUGCUCCCACCAAUAUACAGUUCUCCGACAUUAGUCCAUCUUCUUUUGUCGUGGCAUGGCAAGCACCCAAUGCUAGGCUUUCUGGCUAUCGUGUGGUGGUAUCACCGAAGAACCAUUAUGUCCCAGCCAAAGAAAUGAAUGUUGCACCAGACUCCACACAAGUCUUAGUGCCUGGGCUUAUGGUGGCCACUGCUUAUGAAGUUCAUGUCUAUGCACUGAGAGGUUCAGACAGAAGUUCUCCUCUCACUGGAGAAUGCACCACCGCUGACAAUAUAACCCCUCCUCGUCGAGUCCGUAUCACUGAUGUGAAAGACACUUCAUUCACUCUUACAUGGCGAGUUGUCAAUAAUGAGCCAAUGACAGGUUUCCUUAUUGAAGCCACACCCAAAACUGGAGGUCACCCCACCUUCAGGCAGACUAUUCCUGCUGACACCCGUACCUACGUUGUCACUGGUUUGCAGCCUGGCAUCAUGUAUGUGGUCAACAUGUACACACUAAAUGGAAAUACUCGAAGCCCUCCUUUCACAAUGACUGUGAACACAGCUCGGCCAGCUGUUCCAUCUCCGACUAACCUCCAGUUCACCUCGCUGACCCCCAAUUCCAUCUCCUUCACUUGGCAAGCCCCUUCAACACAAAUUACAGGAUAUUACAUCACUUAUGAAGAAUCAGGUGGUUCGCCUCAUGAGCUUACACCCCGCCCAAAUGUUGGCCAGAACUAUGCCACCAUCACUGGUCUGAAACCAGGCACAGAAUACAUCAUAAAGAUCUUUGUCCUACUAAAUAGCCAGAGAAGCGCACCACUGGUUGGCACGGCCACAACUCAGCUGACCUCUGAUCUGCCCGGUCUGCCCCACCACGGUGGCCCAGACAAGUUGGAUGUGCCUGAGCCUGACAGAGUUCAUGCAGUGGGUCCCACUGGGCAUGACUCACCUGAUGCACACGGGCAGCAUGUGGAGUACACCGAAUUCAAUAAUCAGCCCAGUCAACCCAACAGAGGCUACCAGCCUCCCCAUAGUCAAACAAUCCCUCAACCUAAUCAACCCCGACCCCAGCCUUAUGUGCCUCAAGUUGGGGAGACCCUAUUCUACAUCCCCAAGGUGGGACCCGAUGGGGGUCGUGUGCCUCAAAUUAUUCAGGUUAGUGAAAGGCCUGGCGAUGGCCAUCCUUUUGGUUUUCCAGAAGACAAGACUGGAAGACCACAGGAGGCCCAGACCCAGACCACCAUCUCAUGGCAGCCCUACCAACAAAGUUCUGGUUACCUUGUGUCCUGUCAGCCCAUUACCAAUCCAGAAGAGAAAAUGUUUCAGAUGCAUGUCCCAGGAACAACCACAAGCGCCACCCUGAUCGGUCUCACCUCUGGUGCCUCAUAUAAUGUCAUUGUGGAGGCCUUGAAGGGAGCCCUCAAACACAAAAUUUUGGAGGAAAUGGUCACCGCUGGAAACACAGUUCCAGGAGAUAGUUCAUCUAGCAAGGACUCGUGUUAUGACACCUUCACAGCUACUCACCAUGAUGUCGGAGCGGAAUGGGAGCGUAUGUCUGACACCGGCUUCAAACUCUGGUGCACAUGUCUAGGUUUGGGAAGUGGACAUUUCAGAUGUGACUCUUCCAAAUGGUGUCAUGACAAUGGAAACAACUAUCGCAUUGGUGAAAAGUGGGAGCGACGGGCAGAAAACGGUCACUUGAUGAGCUGCACAUGUUUGGGCAAUGGCAAAGGAGAGUUCAAGUGCGAACCACAUGACUCCACAUGUUACGAUGACGGAAAGAUGUACCAGGUUGGAAACCAGUGGCAGAAAGAAUACUUAGGGGCCAUCUGCACUUGCACAUGCUAUGGCGGACAGCAGGGCUGGCGAUGUGAGAACUGCAGAAGGCCUGGUGCUGAGAUCAGCCCUGACCUGCUCCAACCUGUCCGCUUAAACACUGGCCAGAGGACGAACAUUCAGUGCCCCAUUGAAUGUCUCAGACCUGAACUUCUUGCAGAUGCUGUGGCUAACGCCAAACCCAGAGAGUAAAAUUAUUUCUGGCCAAACUGCACCAUGACCCUCUGCCCCCCUCAUGCAUCAUUUCACUGGGGCAUGUAAUAAAGAUGUGAUUUUAUAUGAGAACAUACUAAUCACAUACUGCUUUAAAACCUCCCUGUUUGUUAUGUCUCCACUGCCGUCCAGCUGCUGCUUUACAGCAGCUGUUGUGAUGCCAUAGCAACAGCUGCAUUUAUUUACAGCCUUUAAUUGGCUGUUGUUUGGUUGAGGAAUUUCAAUGGCUUUUACAAUUUUGUUUGCUAGUGUGUUUUAUACAUUUCAAUUUAAAAAAAUACUGCAAUGUCAAAACAAGAUAUUUCUUAUUGCAGUCAGUUAAACCCAUUUGUCAACAUUGUCAAUCAUUUGUUGAAACCAAAACUAUAACAGGAAAGUGCAUUUUCUCUGUUCAUGUGUGAAGAGAUUUUAUAUAUAUAUAUAUAGCUUUCUAAUCAAUUAAAUUUACAAUAAACUACCUUACCAUUAUUGUCAGAGGUUUUCAGACUUUAUUAAUUGAUAUAGAGGCAAUUAUGAGACUAAGUAGUAAAAAUAAGCACUGUUUUAUAAAAAUGUUAGAGCACCACUGGGGGUACACCGAAGUACCAAAAAUUAAGUCUCAAUGUUUUUUCCAACAUGGCUCAAUGAUUAUUAAGAGUCAGCACUGUUUUUAGAUUGAUACAAAUUUUAAUUUUCUAAAUUCUUUUAAGUAUUUAUCCCCUUCAUUCAGAAGUGUUUGGACUGUAUAGAAUGUUAUAUUUGUCUCAUUUGAUUGUCAUUGUUCUGCUGUCUAAGCCAGUUCUCACUACUGUUAAAUCCAUUUUCUGAUAUAUUGCAAGACUCAUGACAAAUUGUAUUUAUAAAAUGUCACUCAAAACAAAUUAUUUUGCAACUAGGUUCUAAAGUACACAAACCUUGCAAAAAAAAAAAAGUCAACAAAUGCAAAUAAACCCUUGAUGGAAUCUAUGACAACCUA